CACCUUGGGAAACUCCCUCGCAUUGUGUAUUUAUGCUCGCUAUUUUUUCCCAUUUUUUCCCUUUAUCACUUUGUCCCCUUCGACACAUGUCCAACCGCGGAGGACCAUUCCACACACUUACACUUUGCCAAUUUCACCACUGUACACACGAACUUGAUUUGAGGAACUCCCCCGCUGCCUUCAAAGGAUGGAUGAUUUCAGCGACUUAAACAGAUCAGCGGACGAUAAUGAGGAGUUUUCCACGGAGAGCGACUUGAAUGAGAAGGAAAAUGAUGCGGAGAAGGAUGCACUAAACGAGGUGGAGAGGGAGGCGUUAAGUGACGUGGAGAAGGAGGCGAUGAGUGAUGUGGAGAAGGAUGUCAUGAGUGACGUGGAGAGGGAUGUGCUAAACGAUGUGGAGGAGGAUGCGAUAAGUGAUGUGGAGGAGGAUGAGAUGAGUGACGUGGACGAUGCCUUAAAGGACGCCCAGAAGGAAGCCGCAAGCGACGUGGAGGAUGCCUUAAAGGAUAUGCAGAAGGAAGCCGCAAGCGACGUGGAGGAUGCCUUAAAGGAUAUGCAGAAGGAAGCCGCAAGCGACGUGGAGGAUGCCUUAAAGGAUAUGCAGAAGGAAGCCGCAAGCGACGUGGAGGAUGCCUUAAAGGACACUCAGAAGGAAGCCGCAAGCGACGUGGAGGAUGCCUUAAGGGACGCGCAGAAGGAAGCCGAAAGUGACGCAGAAAGGGAAUUGCUGCACGACGUCGAAGAAGAGGACUUACACGACGCAGAGGAGGACGAUUUAAAGGAUGCUGAAGAGGAUGGCCUGCACGAUGGUGAAGAGGACGGCCUGCACGACGCUAAAGAGGGAGGUUUAGGCAAUGCCCAGGGGGACGACUUAGACGACGUCAAAAGCGCCAACGAAGGGGAUGUCGAGCAGGUUGCGGAAAACGGGGGUAUCUUCCAGGGUGGCGAUAUCUUCCAUAGUGGCGGCGUCUUCCAAAGUGGCGAUAUCUUCCAACGUGGCAGCACCUUCCAACGUGGCGAUCACCAACAGGGCGACUACGAAGGAGAUGCCGACCCGCAUGACGAAGACCAACCAGGGGAGGGCCCCGACGGAGAGAGUCACCUCCUCCAAGACCCGCAAAAAAGCGGUCUCAAAGAAGACACACACAAGAAGGAGGACGACUACUCUCACACGCUGAAUGAACCUCCCAGCAACAAAGAACAGUUCGGCACAAACACAAACGAAACAAAUAACCCCCCCAGUAAUGGUGAGGGCAAAAAUGGCCACAUAGAUAAUGACUCCCUUAACCCUAUGGAUCCCAUCCAACUUGGCAAAAAAAGAUAUGAGCACUUUAUAAUACACCCAUCGAAUCAGAAUGACAUGAGUUUAUUUGAAGGCAUAAAUAAAAAGCUUACGUUCCCUUCUUUGUCUCCUACAGAUUUUCCUAUUCCUGGAAAGGAGGAAGAGAGCAGCACCAUGUAUCAUUUCGCCCCUGAAAAACUCGGGUAUAAACACAACAACGGCUUGAAUCCUUCUGAGGGCUACUUGCUGAUUUACCCCCACGUGUCUCGCAACUCGGUGCCCCCCAAAAUUAGGAAAAAAAAGCUGCGCUGUUGUUAG